AAUAUUCCAUUGCCAGCGCGGAAGGAAAAGCAAGAGUCGGAACUGCUGCUACUCUCUGCUACUCUGCUGCUGUUGAUAUUGAAGUCCAAAAAAUUGAGAAGACGAUGCAGUCUGCUCCAGAGUUCGAUACUGACGAACUGUUUCAAGUAGCUAAAAAUCGUUGGCUGAAGCCUGCAGAGAUUUCAUUUAUAUUACAUAAUUAUGAUGAAGACAAGCUCAUUCUAGAGCCUCCUCAAAACCCGCCAAGUGGUUCUUUGUUCCUUUUUAACCGAAAGGUUGUCCGGUUUUUCCGUAAAGACGGUUAUAGCUGGCGUAAAAAGAAGGACGGAAGAUCUGUCGGGGAAGCACAUGAGCGAUUGAAGGUUGGUGGUGUUGAAGCUUUGAAUUGUUAUUAUGCUCAUGGAGAGCCAAAGUCUAGCUUUCAAAGGAGAGUCUAUUGGUUGCUAGAUCAGGAUUGGGAGCACAUUGUUCUUGUUCAUUACAGAGAAGUCACUGAGUCAAAGUACAACACCAGAUCAACUUCAAACUUGACAGAUUCUGGUUCCACUUUCAACGAGAGCACCCCAAUUUCUAACAUGCAAAAUCUGGUCUCUCCUUCUGGAAUCAGUGAACAAACUGAACUAUAUCAGACUUCCCUUACUCUAGGAACUCUGGAUGAAGAUGGUUCUUACCCAGUCGUAGGAAAUAAUGAGAUGGACCACUUGAAUGCCACGGUGAGAUCAGAAGAUGUCAGAUGUAGAUCUGAGUCAGACGCUUGGGUAUUUCGUAGGCUUACAGAACAAUUAAGUUUGGAUGAUGAUCAUGAUGAUGAUAACCAGUUUGCAGAAAAAAUGCCUCAACACUGCAGUCAAAAUGAGAACUCAAAAGAUUCAGGAUUUGUAGCCCAUGAAAGUGAGGUAACCAGAUCCGAAGCCUUUGUGGAUGUAUCACAUGGACCAGUAUUUGGGGAACAUGAUCAAUUGCUUGACAGAUACGCUGAAUUGCAUGAUGACCUCAACACCGUCGUGCUGUUGCAAAGUUCAGGUGAUGCCAGGUAUCAGUGUGGUCCACCACUGAGUCAAGGAUAUACAACUGAAAAGAAAGAAUCUCUGUCUUGGAAGGAUAUGUUGCAGUCGUCUUCAAGUUCAACUGGGAUUGAUUCCCAAGAGGAAAAUUCAAAUGAAUUAACCCUGAAAGGCUUUCCUGAGUUUUCCACAUUCAGGAUGCUUAAGUCUGAAGACGAGUAUUAUGCAGAGGAUGUGACAUCCCAUGACAAUCAUCUACCUCCAUUAGAAAUGACGAAAAUAUCUCCAAAUCCAGUUCAACAGACAGAAAAUUUGGCCUGGCAGUGGCAGGAUCGUGGAGGAAAUAAUGGAGACGUGACCAAAUUUCAUCUAACGCCUGAAAGCAACAAUAGUUUACCACUUUCAGCAGCUAUACAAUUUCCGUUAGGGCCUGAAAAUGGUAUCUUAUCACUAACUUCUAGUGAAUUGUUUCAAGAGUUUGAGAAAUCCACCCCUUCUGCAUCCUCCUCUGGAACAAGUAGUCUUGAAAUGAACUCUGUUGUGGGGAUGCUUGGAAAAACAAAUAGCAGUGACUGGUUGGAGACUAGGGGCAUGCCUGUCGAUAGUCCCAUGUAUUCUCCUGGUUACUAUCAGAUGUUUGACGAAGAAAGUCAGUUUAGAACUUUUCUUGAGCCGGAUUUGAGUUUGACCAUCUCUCAGAUACAGCGGUUCAAAAUUCGGGAAAUAUCCCCAGAAUGGGCAUAUUCCAAUGAACAAACAAAGGUUAUCAUUGUUGGAGAGUUUCUUUGCAAUCCUUCAGAGUGUGCAUGGGCAUGUAUGUUUGGUGAUACUGAAGUUCCUCUAGAAAUCAUUCAAGGAGGCGUCCUUUGUUGCUGGGCUCCUCAAUAUGCUGUGGGAAAGGUCAAUUUAUGCAUCACAACUGGCAAUAGAGAAUCCUGCAGUGAAGUGAGAGAGUUUGAAUAUCGUGUUAAGCCAAAGACUUCUAAUUUGGACGGUGACUUAUCACAAGCAGAUGCGACAAAGAAUGCUGAAGAACUGCAGUUGCUUGUCAGAUUUGUUGAGAUGCUCCUACUUGAUUAUGACAGUGCGUCUGUUCUGAAAGAAGAUAAUGCUGGAUCAAAAAUCAAACCUUUGAGAAAAUCAGAAACUGCUGAUGAUCUGUGGAGACGAAUUAGAGAGGCAGUCUCAGUUGGCAGUGAAACUCCAUGCGCUAUUAUGGACUGGCUUCUGCAAGAAGUUCUAAAGGAUAAGCUGUGGUAUUGGCUGUCAUCCAAAUUCCAAGAAGGUGAAGGCAUGGUUUGUUCCUUGUCCAAGCAACACAAAGGCAUAAUACACAUGAUAGCAGGCUUGGGCUAUGAAUGGGCCUUGAAUUUGAUUCUUAAUUCUGGGGUCAGCAUAAAUUUCCGUGAUUUAAAUGGGUGGACCGCCCUACAUUGGGCUGCACGUUUCGGAAGAGAAAAAAUGGUUGCUGCACUUCUAGCUGCUGGUGCAUCAGCUGGAGCAGUGACGGAUCCCACACCACAGUAUCCAGCUGGUAAAAUGCCCGCUACCAUUGCUGCUGACAAUGGCCACAAGGGACUUGCAGCAUAUCUUUCAGAGGCGGCAUUGACCAGCCAUCUUUCGUCACUCACAUUGGAAGAAAAUGAGAUUUCUAAAGUGUCUGCUGCUGUGGAGGCAGAAAAGACCAUGAAGAGCCUUGCAGAAAGACAGAUAUUUGCCUGCACAAUUGAGGAUCAGCUCUCACUCGAAGAGUCCUGGGCAGCUGCCAAAAAUGUUGCUCAGGCUGCAGCUCGUAUACAAGCUGCUUUUCGUGCUCAUUCUUUCAGGAAGAGGCAGCUGAGGAAUGCAGGUAUUUAUGAGAAUGGUAUGAGUCGAGAUGAUAUUAUUAUGCUUUCAGCCAUAUUGACGCUUCAGAGGACCUUUCGUAGUCAACGUGAUCGCAAGUUAAAUAAAGCAGCUUUAUCCAUUCAAAAGAAAUAUCGUGGGUGGAUAAGGCGCAAAGAGUUUCUGACAUUGAAACGAAAUGUAGUGAAGAUUCAGGCUCAUGUGCGAGGCUAUCAGGUCAGGAAGAGGUAUAAGGAAAUUCUAUGGAUGGUGAGUAUUCUCGAGAAGGUCAUACUUCGGUGGCGUCGAAGAGGUGAAGGUUUACGGGGAUUCCGGGCUGAGUUGGCUGACUCUGAGCCCAAUGGUGAAAGCGAAGAAGAUGACAUCCUCAAGGUUUUCCGAAAACAUAAAGUAGAUGCAGUUAUUGAGGAAGCUGUGUCAAGGGUGCUGUCCAUGGUUGAGUGUUCUGAUGCACGGCAGCAGUACCGUCGGAUACUUGAAAGGUACCGGCAGGCUAAGGCUGUACAAAUGAGCAACUCCAGUGAAGUAGCAUCAAGUUCUCAAGGCAACGGCGACAAUAUGGAAAAAGGCAACAACAACAAUGAUGUGUAUACUCUUGGAUAAGAGGAAACUAGGUUCUUAUUGUGGAUUUCAAAACCUUUCGUUUCACCAAACCCAUACUGAACUCGGCUUGCUGUUGUACAUAUUAUUUAGUUUCGAGUGGUCAAUUGAUGAAAGUCAUAUGCCCGCGUCUAUGCUGUAAGUGCUCGCUCUAAGUUCCUAAUGGUUGUAAAUUAUUUCUACAUAAAGCAAAUGCAGAUCUAGCAUAUUCAUGUGCUUCAA